UAGUUCAACAAAAUAUCAGAACCCAAAAACAUAAACAGGGAAGCGAGCUGCAACAACAAAACACACAAGCACGAAAAAUGCAUUCAUUUGGGUACAGAGCCAACGCUCUGUUAACCUUCGCCGUCACCAUUCUCGCUUUGAUGUGCGCCAUCGCUUCUCUUUCUGACAACCUUAACACUUCUUCUCCGACUGCCGAAAUCCGGGUAUUGAAUAUUAAUUGGUUUCAGAAGCAGAAGCAUGGAAACGAUGAGGUCAGCCUGACAUUGAAUAUAACCGGUGAUUUGCAAUCUUUGUUUACAUGGAACACUAAACAGCUUUUCAUUUUCGUAGCAGCUGAGUACAAAACCCCAAAGAAUGCACUGAAUCAGGUGUCACUUUGGGAUGCUAUAAUACCUACCAAAGAGUCUGCCAAGUUUUCCAUUCACACCUCUAGCAAGUACCGUUUCAUUGAUCAGGGACACAAUCUCCGGGGUAAAGAAUUCAACUUGACAUUGCACUGGCAUGUGAUGCCAAAGACAGGCAAGAUGUUUGCUGAUAAAAUAGUCAUGUCUGGAUACCGCUUGCCAGAGGAAUACAGAUGAGAAAUAUCUCUAGUGUAUGAUCUUGCUGUAACUUCAGUCUUUCUGUAAGGGGAUAUUAAGGAUCAUCUUAACUAGAAAACUAGAAACAGGGAACAUUUCUUGUUCGACAAAGCGAGGAAAAGAACAUUGUUUUGCUUUAAAAACAUUUUUUUCUGUUGCAAAACUAUGGAUCAUGAUUCUUUCAUUGGAUAGCUACUCACAAAAACUGAAACCGAGACCAUGAGCUUUAUAAAUGUUGUUUUCUCUUGA